GCUAUGUUCUGUACUGAUCGAUACAUCUAAUUUUACACAUCAUUACAGACUUAACUAAUCAAUAUAUCUUCAUAUAGCCAAAUGCUUUGUAAUACACUGUCCUGCCAUACUUACAAAAUGCACAAAGGACACUUCUUUUGAUUUAGGUCAUCUUUGACACGUUAAUCCAGUGGAAUGCAUUUGUAUGUGAAUAUGCUAUGCAAGUGGAUCCUUGUUUUUUUUUUGUUUUUUUUUUUAGGGAUACCGGCCCCAAUGAUCACGCUGAUAGAGGCGCAGCGUGUGCCGCUAUCAUUCUGUCAUAUGAACCCAUACAUGUGAUAUACCGUUCUAAUAAGAGUCAAGCCUUCCCGGAUCCCUUCCAGCUACUGAUUGUGAAAUAAAUUCAUAUGUUUUCUAAAGAAUUGCUUCUUUUGUUCAUGGUGCUCCUCAGAUGAAUCAGCUGAAUGAAGCUUGAAAUUGAAAUUGAAAUGAUCCAUUAACCAGAAUCCACAGUUGGGUUGUCAUGCAGUGAGAGAAUGAAAGAGAUUAUGAGCGGUGCAAACUGUAUGUGAGCGUGUGUGCUUUGUUCAGAAUGGAAUACAAGCAUACUGCAUACUACACAGUAUAUACAGACUGUUGUUUAAAAUAGUAUAUUACAGGCUCCUUUUAAAAAUUAAAUAUAGGAAUAGCACUUUAAAAUAGUGCAGCAAAAGAGAAAUACUAAAAAAUCCCCCCAGACCCCAACCAAACUUCACACUUGAAAUGGAAGGUCAAGUUGGGCGCAUUGCAUUGUGUUCAUAUACUGCACAAUUUGGCAAGUUAAGUAAGAAAUCCUGUAAUUUCAUGCAUACUGUAAAUUUGAAUGUGGUCACGAUAGACAUACUAAUGUGGUAGUAUGCAAUUCCAUACAUAGCCUAUGUGUUUGUGUACAAUUUAGGGAUCUACCAUGUCCUCUGCCCCUUUCCAGGUAUUCUCACAGUCCUUCACAGCAUCCUUUGCAAUCUACACAGUGGCCAGCGGGUAGGUAGAGACGGAGCUCCCUCUCUGCAUGGCCUGCACUGGGCAUGUGCACAACCAAAAACCAGUCCAGAGGUCCCUCAGCGUUUGUGCUUUUAUCCAACGUUAUCCAUCAGGCAUUGAUUAUUUAAAAGUAUGGAAAGGGAGAUUACAGACCUCACUCCAUCAGAGGAGGAUAUAUCUGUACUUCAGUAUGCAGCAUGGGGACCUCAAGGGAACCAGAUGGUCUAUGUCUUUGAGAAUGACAUCUACUACAAGCCAGAUGUUUCCAGCAAAGCGAUGCGUCUGACAGCCACGGGCAGAAACGGAAUGGUGGUUAAUGGGCUGUCUGAUUGGACCUAUGAGGAGGAGAUACUGCUGAAAUAUCCUGCAUUCUGGUGGGCCAAAGACGGUGCACGCCUGGCAUAUCUGUCUAUUAACAACUCAGCAACUCCUUUUAUGGAGAUACAUCACUUCCUGGGUGGGAUCUACCCUUCUAAUGUCCUCUACCCGUAUCCAAAAGCGGGUUCCAGAAUCCCAUCAGCCAGCCUGUUUGUGGUGAAUUUAUACGGCCCAGCACACACAUUAGAGAUGAUUCCUCCAGACUCCCAGAACAGCAGAGAUAGCUACAUCUCUAUGGUGAGCUGGAUAAGCAGCACUCGUCUGACUGUGCGCUGGUUAAACCGGGUCCAGAACCAGUCUGUGCUGUGUGUGUGUGAGGCCACGACAGGAGCCUGCUCAGAGAGGCACCAAAUGGCAAUGGAAUUCUGGCACUACAACCAGCGGCAGGAGGAGCCGUUGUUCACGGCAGAUGGUUCCCUGUUUUACCUCAUCCUGCCUGCCAAGCAAGGGGCCCGUGGGGAUUUUCUCCACAUCGCCAGCCUCCCUGCUCAGACUUCCACUCCUUCUGUUUCUCCUCGCUUUCUAACAUCAGGGAACUGGGAUGUAACCUCACUGUGCGCCCUUGACGAGGAGAACGAUAAAAUCUAUUUUCUGAGUACGGAGGAGUCGCAGCAGAGCAGACACUUAUACAGUGUGGAGCUCGGAGGAGUGUUUCAUCGCCAGUGUCUGACAUGCAACCUGUUUGAGCGAUGCAGUGUCUUCAAAGCAGACUUCAGCCCCAAUCAGACAUACUUUACCCUCUAUUGCUUGGGCCCAGGUGUCCCAAAGGUGACCAUUCACAGCACAAGUGACCCUUACAGAUACACAGUGGUGGAAGACAACAGCCUCCUCGCUAUGUCUCUUGAAACCAAGAGGCUCUCUGAGACAGUUUUCCAGACACUUUCCUCCGACAACAGCGACCUAGAUCUAAAGAUGUGUCUGCCUCCGGGGUACGGACGAAACCUGCAUCCUCUCCUUAUUAUCAUUGAUAGUAUUCCUGGGAGGCAGUCGGUAACGGAGGAGUUUGCCCUGGGCUGGCCAGAGGUUUUAUCCAGCUUGCAUGGAGUGGCACUGGCUUGGAUUGGCAGCAGAAGCCGGAUCUCACAGGGACAGAAAAGCAGUGCCCUGGACCCUCACAAGCUCAGUUCCCUCAACAUUAAAGAUAAGCUUGGAGUCGUGGAAUGGUUAAUGCAGUUGCCGUACAUUGAUGGAAGAAGAAUUGCUGUUUAUGGAAAGGGACUUGGUGGCUAUUUAGGUUUGAAGAUGCUGACAGCAACUGAUCAGAUGUUCAAAUGUGCUGCUGUCAUGGCUCCCAUCACAGACUUCAAGCUCUAUAGUGCUGCCUUCUCAGAAAGAUAUCUAGGCCUUCCAAAUAAAGAGGAGCAUUCGUACAUGGCUGCGUCUUUGUUGGAGGACAUUCACAAGCUAAAAAAUGAAAACUUCCUCCUCAUACACGGGACUGCAGAUGCACGGGUACAUUUCCAACACAGCGCUGAGUUGUUGAGUCGUCUGGUGAAGAUAGAGGCCAACUACAGCCUUCAGCUGUACCCAGACGAAGGCCAUACUUUAAGAGAAGAGCGGAGCAACCAACACCUCCACCGCACACUCCUUCACUACCUCCACAACUGCCUCGAAUACGACCCCUUCCUCAACAUAGAGGAGGAAGAGGAGGAGGAUGAAGAGGAAGAGUGAUCUCUACCACUGUGUCCGCUCUCGGUCCUCAAAGGUGCCCAGUACUGGUGUCUGACUUCAGGAUGCGUUAAUUCUCCAAAGGAAAAAUGAGCAAAAUGGAGAUCAAGAGGACCAAAUUUACCAGCUUUUUACCACAAACUCAAUUUUGCAAUGUUUUUUUGUUUUUGUUCAGACUGCAAACGUAAAUGUUUCCUGAGCGUCCAGGAAGAUGCAACACAACUGCUCUGGUUCAUACAGUUUUCAAGUAAAUCACACACAGUAUAAUGACUAAGGGCCCCAUGCAAUCAACAUCUUAAGGCAGAUUAUAUGUAAAGAGGCAUGUUGAUCAGCCUUGAUGUUGCAGCGCCAUACUGUGGUGAAAGAUGGAUAUUUCAGGACAUGUUUUGUGGAUUGUGAAGUUGAAAAUACUAGUGGUUUACUGAUUUAGUCUUAUUGUUUACUAUUUGUUUAGCUAUUACUAUACUAUAACUAUUUACUAUAUAAAUUUAUUUUUUGUUAAUUGAAAUAAAGCUGAAAUAAAAUAAAAUAUAAAUAUUAGAUU